CGCAGUGCGGUGCGCGCGAGGCAUCUCGGCCGUCCCGGGGGCGACAGCGUUUUUCUCGGCUGGUUCAGUAGCGAACGAGAGUCGGCGCGGUGAUAAGGUGUCGUGGCGCGUGUCGCUCGUCUUUGGCGCGUACAAGCAACAGCACUCGGGCAGAAUGGACGCGGAGGCGUUCCUCGACAUGGCCAACCAGGUGGUCAAGCUCAAGAUGUUCCCGUACUUCGACAUAGCGCACUCGGUGCUGUGCGCGCUCCACGUCAGGGAAGACCUGGGGCCUGGCGCGCAGGCGUUCUCUCGCAAGCAUCCCCUGUCGUGCUGGCUGUCGACGAUGCUCGUGGUGUUCGCCGGCGGGAUGCUGUGCAACGGCCUGCUCGGCGAGCCCAUCCUCGCGCCGUUCAAGGACUCGAAUCAGGUGGUCGUCGCCACCGCUGUCUGGUACGUCGUAUUUUACACGCCCUUCGACGUCGGCUACAAGGUCGCCAAGUUUCUGCCGGUGAAGAUCGUCUGCUCGGCGAUGAAGGAAAUUUACAGGUGUAAAAAAGUUUACGACGGCGUCAGCCACGCCAGCAAGCUCUACCCCAACGCUUAUCUCAUUAUGAUACUCAUUGGAACGCUCAAAGGAAACGGAGCUGGCUUUACGAAAUUGAUGGAGCGUCUGAUCCGCGGCGCCUGGACACCCACGGCCAUGGAAUUCAUGCAGCCGAGCUUCCCGACGAAGGCCUCCAUGGUGGCCUCAAUUAUUUUCGUCCUGGACAAGAAGACUGACCUGAUUUCGGCACCGCACGCCCUCGUCUACUUCGGCAUCGUCAUAUUCUUCGUUUACUUCAAGUUGUCAUCCAUACUGCUCGGCAUCCACGAUCCAUUCGUGCCGUUCGAGAACUUGUUCUGCGCCUUAUUCCUGGGCGGCAUCUGGGACUCACUGGCGAAGAUUCUCGGCCGUGGCCAGACGAAGGACGAGAAGUCCGACGCUAAGAAAAACAAUUAGCCACGUUAACGACGACGGAACGUUGCACGUUCACGACAGAAACGAAACGGGAAUCUCGCGCUGUCGAGAUUCUAUGAAUUUUUUUGAUUAUAAUUAUGAUUUUCAAUCCAGAAAAGCGUGACUGCGUCGCGAACGUUUGGAAACGAAGGAACACGCGGUAAACUAGUCAAUGUCUCAUUUCCUUUGUUAGGAAAUCGCUUCAACAAAAACAUAAGAGAGUGACAGUAUUAUCACAGGUGAAGUGGGUGAGCUGUUUUUAGCUCUGAUAUGCACAGCCGCGAUGAGAAUCUUGCCUUUGAAUUUUGAAAUGUAGAACUGCUGAAUUAUUGAACGAAUUCGCAAACUGUGUCGAUUAGAUUUUUUUCCGUUUGAUUUUAGUCAUUUGACGAUUUUUCUACUAUUACGAAAAUCUUCCUUUAGAGAGAGAAAGAAAAAUGCUCUUCUACUUAGUUUUGUAGGGUUUAGGUUGGAUUUUGCAAAUAGACCUUUUGGACAAGUUCGAGUUUUAUAAAAGAGAACGUUUUAUCCUCUUCUUCCCGAGUGCAAUAUAUACAGUCGAAGUUUGUUACAUGGAGAUUUUUACACGAUUAGUAAUAUUCGCGCGCGCACACACGACAACAAGUUCUCACGCGAGAGAAUGAGUAAAUGUGAUUUUAAUAAAAGAAGCUGACACGUAAAUUUGCCUUGUUAAACUCGCGAAGCGCUUCGCAACCGAGACGACCCGCCCGCAUUAUGCGGGCACGCGACUCCUUUUCAUCUGUCAGAUUAUUAAAAAACAAAUGAAACUGUACAA